GGAGACGACGACGACGACGAGUGGAGGAUGUGUCCUGCGUGGCUAUUGGUGGCUGUGGUGGUGGUGGGCGGGGCCAGAGGAGCUGUCAAUCAUUGCUGGGAACAUCCCACAUGUCAGGAGAUAAACUCUGAGGUCAGAGAGGAGGAGUGCCUCCAGGUCUGUGGCUCUGACCUCAAUGCAGAGACUCCCGUCUUCCCAGGAGACGCCCACCUCCAAGCACCUCCUCCUCCUCCAUCAGACUCCUCCUCCUCCUCCUCCUCCUCCUCCCAGGCCAAGCGCUCCUACUCCAUGGAGCAUUUCCGUUGGGGGAAACCCGUCGGCCGAAAACGCCGUCCGCUCAAACUCUACUCCUCCAACGGCCAGGAGGAGAAGGAGGAGAAGGAGGAGGAGGCCAGGAUGUUCCCUGGAGGGAUGAGGAGGCGCAUGCUGACCAAUGAGCUCCUGGAGGAGGCGCAGGAGAAGAAAGACGGCUCCUCCUACAAGAUGAAGCACUUCAGGUGGAGCGGACCUCCAACCAGGAAACGCCACGGAGGCUCCAUGGAGGCCGAGGAGGAAGGAGGCCCGGGGCAGGAGGAGAGGAGUGAGGAGGAGCAGGAGGAGCAGGAGGUUUUGAUUGAUCUGUGUAAAUAAUGUAUUUAUUAAAGAGGUCUGAAAGCAAAACUACCGGUCUGUUAUUACACACCUCCUCACCACUCUCCUCCU